GAGGGGCGUGAGGAGGAGGCGGGGCGGACUUUGGACUCCAGUCCAGAGACUGCCCCCUAGGGAGCCGGAGUCCGAGCCUGCAGCCUUGUCAGGUGGUGAGGGAGCCAUGUCGGCGGGGCUGGCGCUCUGGCCUGAGGUGCAGGACAUCUGCACCUCGCUGGGGCUGAUGCUGUCGGUCGUGCUGUUCAUGGGGCUGGCCCGCGUGAUCGCUCGGCAGCAGCUGCACAGCCCCAAGGCCCAUGCCUUCGCUUUGGAGUUUCUGGCCACAUUCCAGCUCUGCUGCUGCACCCACGAGCUGCAGCUACUCAGCGAGCAGGACCCCGCGCACCCCACCUGGCCGCUGACGCUUAUCUACUUCUUCUCUUUGGUGCAUGGUCUGACUUUGAUGGGCACCGCCAGCAACCCGUGCGGCGUGAUGAUGCAGAUGAUGUUGGGGGGAAUGUCCUUCGAGAUGGGUGCAAUGAGUCUGUUGGCUCAGCUGAUUAGUGCUCUAUGCAGCAGGUACUGCAUAGGCGCCCUGUGGAGCCUGGGUCUGACCAAGUAUCACGUCAGCGAGAGGAGCUUCUCUUGCAGGAAUCCCAUCCACGUCGACUUGGUCAAAGCGAUUAUCAUAGAGACCAUCUGCUCCUUCAUAUUCCACAGCGCCUUGCUGCACUCCCAGGAGAUCCGAACAAAGCUUCGUAUCCACCUGCUGGCAGCACUCAUCACCUUUUUGGUCUAUGCAGGAGGAAGUCUAACAGGAGCUGUAUUUAAUCCCGCUUUGGCACUUUCACUACAUUUCAAGUGUUUUGAUGAAGCAUUCUCUCAAUUUUUUAUAGUAUACUGUCUGGCUCCUACUUUAGGUAUAUUGUUGAUGGUUUUGAUGUUCAGCCUUUUCCUUCCCUGGCUGAAUAACAACCAUAUAAUUAAUAAAAAGGAAUGACUAUUUCAAAAAACUCAGACUAAGUUACAUGACAAUCAAGCUGGAUGUGAUAAAGGUUUUAUCACCUCAUAUUCAACACACUGGCUGCACUGGAUCCUUCGAUGUUAAGCUUCCUUUGAGGCAGCUACCUUAUAGGUUUCACCACUGGGACUUAAAAAAAUAGUAAUAAUAAUGUGAAAUUCGAGGUAUUCUGUGUUUCUCAGUUAAGACUUGUUCUUUUGAAUGAUGCUGCUAGAAAAGACUCAUUACAUUAAAUAUAAA